AUGCCCGGCCCCGGACUACUCCCUGACGGCUGGUUCCGCGAGGAAAACGACCAGUGGCCCGGGCAGGCCAUGUCCUUCAAGGUGGAGAAGGUCCUGUACGACGCCCCGACGAAGUUCCAGCACCUGACGGUCUUCGAGAGCGACCCGAAAGGCCCGUGGGGCACCAUCAUGACGCUCGACGGCUGCGUGCAGGUGACGGACCGCGACGAGUUUGUCUACCACGAGGUGCUGGCCCAUACCUCCCUCUGCUCCCAUCCAAACCCGCAGCGGGUGCUCAUCGUCGGCGGCGGCGACGGCGGCGUGAUGCGGGAGGUGCUGCGCCACGGCACGGUGCAGCAGUGCGAGCUCGUCGACAUUGACGGGGAGGUCAUGGAGCAGAGCAAGCGACACUUUCCGCAGAUCGCCUGCUCGCUGACGGAUCCGCGGGCGAAGGUCCUCGUCGGCGACGGCCUGGCGUUUGUCAAGGAGGCCGCGAACAAUACUUAUGACGUGGUUAUUGUUGACACCACCGACCCUGCCGGGCCCGCGUCCGAGCUCUUCGGCGAGGAGUUCUACAGACACGUGCUGCGUAUCCUGAAGCCGGAUGGUCUGUGCUGCAACCAGGGGGAAUGCAUCUGGCUGGACCUCCCGCUGAUCGAGCGGAUGUCCCGCUUCAUCCGAAGGGUCGGGUUCGCGUCGGUGAAGUAUGCCAUAAUGCACAUUCCCACGUAUCCCUGUGGCUCCAUUGGAACCCUUGUCUGCACGAAGAAGGUUGGCGCCGAUGUGACAAAGCCGCUGCGCCCCGUUGAGGAGAUGCCGUUCGCGAAGGAGCUAAAGUACUACUACUCUGAAAUGCACAAGGCCUCCUUCGUGCUGCCUCGCUUUGCACAGCACGUUAACAACAUGGAAUAA